UCCCCUUCCAGCCGCAGCCAUGGCGGCCGCCGAGGCAGGUGCCAGGCCCGCGGCCUCCCCGGACGAGCUGGUGCCGAAAGGCGAGGCCGAGAAGCCCGAGGAGGAGGAGCUGGAGGAGGAGGACGACGACGAGCUGGACGAGACCCUGUCGGAGCGACUCUGGGGGCUGACGGAGAUGUUCCCCGAGCGCGUCCGCUCCGCCGCGGGCGCCACGUUCGACCUGUCGGUGUUCGUGGCUCAGAAGAUGUACAGGUUCUCCCGGGCAGCCUUAUGGAUCGGGACCACCUCCUUCAUGAUCCUGGUCCUGCCUGUUGUCUUUGAGACUGAGAAGUUGCAGAUGGAGCAGCAGCAGCAGUUGCAGCAGCGGCAGAUACUUCUAGGACCUAACACAGGGCUCUCAGGAGGAAUGCCAGGGGCCCUGCCUUCACUUCCUGGAAAGAUCUAGACCAUCCAUCACUGCUCGAUUUGACCUAUCUUGGCGGGAGGAGUGUGCAAAGUCAAUAGUGUUUCAGCUGCUGUGGGGAUAUUUUUUUAAACCUUGGACCAUGGGUCCAUCGAAGCCUGGGUGGAAGGCUGUCUCGAGAGAGGCUUCUCAGUGUGGCGUGGCACCCCCUCUCAAUUCCGGUGAUGGAACGCAGCAUUGCAGACGGUUAUUCUCUUGCCCAGCAUCCCCCUGGCAUAGAUGCUGCUGCCAGGACCCCUACCACACCACCCCCACUGUGGGGUGGGGCCGGCCAGGGCGUCCUGUCCCCCCCAUCCUCAUUCACUGCUGUUUUCUUUUGAAGCAUGGCGUGUUGGGGAGAAACCUGCAUACUGAGUUGCAGGGUGAGGCCACCCUGAAUUGCGAUGUGGGGCAGGGGCGGAGACCAGCAGCAACUUCGACCACAAGAUGGGCCCCAGGGCAGUGGGCACUGGCUCCUCCCCACCACACUCAGUCUGCUAGGCCUGAGUAUGUGGAAAGGAAAAAAAAAUCGCUCUUUUGUAUUUAAAGAUUAAAAAUGAGUCUGCCUGAAA